AUGCAUCGACUCUAUCGAGGAGGGGGGGAGUCCAGCGAGUUUGGUGGCGUAGUCAAGGAAGAGAUGUGGUCGGAUGACAUUCGAGAAGCUGAAGACGAAAGGGAGGGGGAGUUAGCAAUGAGCGAUUCACACGUUGGUGGGAGUAGCUGCACCCUGUACGGAUGCACGAGGAAACCUACUCACGGUGUUGCAGGCAAGAAGGCAGAGUUCUGCGCACGGCAUUCUCUUGCGACCUCAGUCAACGUGAGCCAGGAGUGCAGCAUUGACGGUUGUUCUACGCGUGCGCAUUAUGGCGUGGCGGGCAGCAAGAAGCGGGAGUUUUGUUCGAAACAUGCGCUGGAAGGGAUGGUCAACCUCUCCAACAGGAAAUGCGCUAGCGAUGGUUGCUUGACGACGGCAAGCUUUGGUGUCGCAGGCAGCAAGAAGAAGGAAUUCUGCUCCAAGCAUGCACUCCAGGGCAUGAUCAAUUUAUUGAAGAAGGCGUGCGCGAGAGACGACUGCUUCAAGCCCGCGAGGUUUGGGGUAGUAGGUGGGCCGAUGGAGUUCUGCAACAAACACGCGUUGGAAGGGACGGUCAAUCUCUCCAACAGGAAAUGCGCUAGCGAUGGUUGCUUCAUGACAGCAAGCUUCGGUGUCGCAGGCAGCAAGAAGAUGGAGUUCUGCUCCAAGCAUGCACUCCAGGGCAUGGUCAAUUUAGUGAAGAAGGCGUGCGCGAGAGACGACUGCUUCAAGCCCGCGAGAUUUGGGUUAGAAGGUGGGCCGAUGGAGUUCUGCAACAAACACGCGUUGGAAGGGAUGGUCAACCUCUCCAACAGGAAAUGCGCUAGCGAUGGUUGCUUCACGACAGCAUAUUUUGGUGUCACAGGCAGCGAGAAGAUGGAGUUCUGCUCCAAGCAUGCACUCGAGGGCAUGGUCAAUCUUAAGCAGACCACGUGCAUGCGAGAAGGCUGCCGGAACGGAGCAAGGUGCGGCCUGCCUGGUGAAAAAAAAUUGUUCUGCAAGAGGCAUGCCCUUCAAGGGAUGGUCAGCGCAACAAGGAGGAUCUGCCACCACGAGGGCUGCGGGAAGAGAUCCAUCUAUGGUGUUGCAGGUACCAAGAAGCCGGUGGCUUGCUCUGAGCAUGCGGCGGAGGGAAUGAUCGAUGUUGUUAACAAGAAAUGCGGGCAACCUGGUUGUCAAAAGCAGCCGACCCAUGGUUUGCCAGGUACCAGGACGCGGGAAUUCUGCUUCGCACACGCCCCGACAGAGAUGAUCAACCUGCACAUCAAGAUGUGUGGCCACGAGGGAUGUUCCAAACAAAGGAGCCACGGCGUGAUGGGCACGGAGAAGCGGGAGUUUUGUGGAGAGCACGCAGUAGAGGGCAUGAUCUCCUUGCUCGGCAAGAGGUGUGCCCACGAGGACUGCUCCACCAGGCCAAGCCACGGGUUGGCAGGGAGCAGGGAGAAAAAGUUCUGCCGAGCACACGCGGGGGACGAGAUGGUCGUCAUCCCACCGACGUCGAGGAAGCGACACAAGCAAGCCCGGGCUACGGCGAGCGACCCCGCUCGGCUAUGCGGUGCCUCGGUGGCCGCGUCCGAUGCCUCGCCGUCUCCCGAACAAGUUGCGGGCAUGGAGCCAGAACACCCACCAUUGCCGGCGGCAGAAGAUGGGUCAGCAGCAUCGGCAGGAGUCGCAGAGGCGGCCGACGAACGGAACCCUUCGCCAGUCGUCGCUGCUUACGAGAACUCCAGUUUUAUCGUUCAGUAG